AUGCGAGCAGAGCUGACUUCCUUCAAACACCAUCCCAAUGAGGCAGUGAUUGAAGAGUCUGUUGUACUGACUAAGAACUACCAACAUGUCCUGGCCUUGGCAUUUGCCGUAAAGCAAAUCAACGAAAACAGCCACCUCCUACCUAAUGUCACGUUGGGCUUCCAUAUCUACGACACCACUUUCAAUACAAAGCAGACCUAUCAUGCCACCUUAAAACUUCUGAGCACAAGCAGAAGGCUUAUCCCCAACUACAAAUGUGACACCUGGAACAAUCUGGUUGCAGUCAUUGGGGGACUUGAAUCUGAAACGUCUCUUCAUAUUGCUACCAUCAUACAGAUCUAUAAUAUUCCACAGGUGACCUACGGCUCUGCUCCAGAUAUGAGUGAUGAAUUCAAGGGGCUUUCCUUCUACCAGAUGGUCCCAAAUGAAAACUUUCAGUACACAGGAAUUCUGAAGUUACUUUUGCAUUUCAGGUGGACAUGGCUCCACCACUUUUUACAGAGUAUUUCAUUCAACAACAGUGCUGGGGACAAAAUUUCCUUUGAUCACAAUGGGGCCCUGGAAGCUGGAUUUGACAUUGUCAACUGGAUCACAUUCCCAAAUCAAUCCUUCCUCAGAGUGAAAGUUGGAAAAGUGAAUCUCCAGACUCCCGUAAAAGAAUUCACUAUUAAUGAGUCUACUAUUACAUGGCACAUUGGAUUUAACCAGACAUUGCCUAUUUCUGUGUGUACAGACAGUUGCCAUUCUGGUUAUCACAAAAAAAGAAUAGAAGGGGUGCCAUUUUGCUGCCAUGAUUGCAUCCCAUGUCCAGAAGGGAAGAUUUCUAACCAGAAAGACAUGAACGACUGUUUCUGGUGCCCAGAAGAUCGUCACCCAAAUGAAGAUCAGGAUUUUUGCACUCCCAAAGCUGUAAGCUUCCUGGCUUUUGAAGAGCCCUUGGGAAUCAGCUUAAUCACUUGUGCUCUUUCAUGUUCUUUAAUCACAGCUCUUGUGCUCGUGGCAUUUAUGAAGUUUCAUGACACUCCUAUUGUCAAAGCUAACAACAGGAAUCUUACCUACCUUCUCCUUCUCUCCCUCCUGCUCUGCCCCCUCUGUGUAUUGCUCUUCAUUGGCAGACCUUGGAUACUGGGGUGUGUAUUCCGACAAACUGCCUUUGGCAUCAUCUUCUCCAUGGCUGUUUCUUCUGUAUUGGCAAAAUCUGUCACUGUGGUUCUGGCUUUCAUGGCCACCAAGCCUGGUUCUAAAAUGAGGAAAUGGGUGGGGAAAAGACUAGCUAGCACCAUUGUUCUUUCCUGCUCCCUUAUACAAACAGGUAUUUGUGCUAUAUGGCUGGCAACCUCUCCCCCAUUCCCAGAUGUUGACAUGCAUUCUGUGACUGAGGAAAUUAUACUAGAAUGCAAUGAAGGGUCUGUGACUAUGUUUUACUGUGUCUUGGGGUACUUGGGUUUCCUGGCCAUUGUUAGCUUCACUGUGGCUUUCUUCGCCAGGAAGUUGCCUGACAGUUUCAACGAAGCCAAGUUUAUCACAUUUAGUAUGUUGAUAUUUUGCAGUGUUUGGUUAUCUUUUGUCCCAACCUACCUGAGCACCAAGGGAAAAUACAUGGUGGCUGUGGAAAUUUUUUCCAUCUUAUCAUCCAGUUUUGGCUUGCUGGGUUGUAUAUUUUUCCCGAAAUGCUACAUUAUUGUGCUGAGGCCUGAGCUGAACAAUAGGGAGCAACUCCUCAGGAAAAAAACCUGA